AUGUUCUGCGCCGCGCUCCCGCUCGCCGCGGCCAUCGUGCGAGGUCCGCCCAUCCUCCGUUAUGGCUCCGCCGCCAUCGACACGCGGGGCGCUCCGUCCCUGAUCGCGCCAUCGUCUGUCGCCUCGGCUCUCGAGGGCACCGACUCGGCGCUCGACAGCAUGGACCUGGCCGCGCUCGCUCUCGACGGCAGCUUCCGCCCCACGCGCGGCCCGGACGGCCGCCUCGAGCCGGUCCUCACGCUGCCCGGCGAUUCGCUCGAGACGACGCCUCCGAUGGGCGCGGUCACCGUCUCCAGCACUGCGGCGACGCUCGGCGUGGUGGCGCUCGCCUUUGUGCGCAGCGGCAGCCCGCUGCCGCCGCUGCUCGGCGUGGCGGCCGGCGCGCUGCUCGGCGAGCUCUUCAGCGGCGCGUUCCACUGGGCCACCGAUAACUACGGCCGCCUCGAGACGCCCGUCGUCGGCUUUGCGUGCGCCGCCUUCCAGGGCCACCACCUCGCCCCUUGGACCAUCUCGCACCGCUCCGUAUUCAACAAUGUCUACAAGAUCGCGGGCGCGACUCUCCCGCUUCUCGGCCUCGGGCUCGCGCUGCUGCCGCCGAGCGGCGCGGCCUGCGUCGCCGUCAUGUUUUACCUGCAGCUGGUCGCGCAAGAGUCUCACACGCCCCCCUCGAAGCUUCCCGAGUGGAAGCGGCGGCUGCAGCGCGCUGGAGUCGCGCUGCCGGUGCCAGAGCACAUCGCGCACCACAAGCCGCCCUUCGACAAGCACUAUUGCAUCCUCACCGGCCGGCUGAACCGGGUCCUCGACUCCGAGCCCGUGCUGCUGUGGCGGCGGCUCGAGGCGCUCGUGUACCGAGUCAACGGGCAGGAGCCUCUCUCGUGGAAAUCGGACAAGGUGAGGGCGCUCGCGCUCUCCCUGUGGCCGGCGAGGAGGGACGCCGCGGGCCAAGGCAAGUUCCGUGACAGCGAGUGAACGGUCGGGCAGCGGAGGCCGCCGUAGCCACGCACACUUUUGCUAGGGCUGCAUUCGGCGUUCACUAUUCACACGUGGUGCACUUGGAGAGGACGUUAUUUUCUUUGAAAACGUUGGAGCUUUA